CCUUUCUACGCAAACAAUUGAUGUUUCAACUUUGCAUCUUGUAGUGUCAUUGCGAUAAUGUAUGACCGCCGGCAUGGGAUGAUGUCAAUCUAGUAGGUGUCAUUUCUUCAAGAUUUCCAAGCUUUAGAUGGAAAUUGACAUAUCUUCAUUUUUCAUUAUUUCCUAGGCAUUCUUUAACAGACUCUUCUUUAAAUUUCAUCCAUAAUAAUUCAGAUAAUUGGAAGCCUCAUCGAUAUUGAAUCAUGAUGAGUUCAUUGAUUUCCAUCCUACUAUUUGCGCUCGCCGCGGGGACAGUCAAAGCGCAUGGUGGUGCGCAAAAACCGAUAAUAUCGAGUGAUGAUACCUGCAAACAUCCCGCCUACAAGAGCCAUAUCGUUUCUAAAUCACCACUGGUCAUAUAUCUGGAGGAUUUUAUUACAGCAGAUGAGCAAGCACAUCUUCAAGAAAUAACUAAAGAUACCUUCUCACAUUCAGGCGUCGCCGACUCAUCCGGCGCGCAAGGGCUACGACAAACACGGACGUCGCAAUCAACCAACGUACCCCGCGACGCCGUGGUCCGGUGCAUCGAGGAGCGAGCCCUCCUAUUCCAGGGCUUCGACGUGCCACGGACUCACCUGGAGCCACUGCAGCUGGUGAAGUACGGGCAGGGCGAGCGCUACCAUUUCCACACGGACUGGUACACGAACGCAGUCCAAGCGACGUCCGCGCUCGGCGGCAACCGGCUGAGCUCGUUCUUCGCGUACGUCGCGGCCUCGGACGACAUCACGGGCGGCGGCACCAAUUUCCCCAUGGUGCCCGCGCCCCAGGACGAGCGCUGGUGCGCGUUCGUCGACUGCGAUGAGCCUUGGGAGAACGGCGUCACGUUCCGGCCGGUGGUUGGCAAUGCGGUCUUUUGGCAGAACUUAAAUGAGGACGGCACGGGGGAUCAGCGGACGUUGCACGCUGGCUUGCCGGUUACUAGCGGUUCGAAGAUAGGGAUGAACGUCUGGACUAGACAAGGCCCGCUGAGUGAGGAUGUUCGCGGACCAGAUGUCUAACGUGCGAAGUGAUUUAAAUAGAAUGCCUUCUGUUAUGAUGAAUCUGGUGCUACUCCUCUAUGCAC